AUUUUAUAACGACCGACAGCGUUUGAUCUAAAGCUUCGUCGAGUCAGUCGACUUGAGUCGAGAUGGAACUGCGAGCGGUAUUAGUUUUGUUCGGCAGUGUUCUGGCAGUGGUUUUUGGUCAACAGCAGUGCAGCGACCAGCGAAAGUGUAUGCCUUUUAAUGAUUGUCCAGAGUAUCAAUCAUACGUUGGCGUACCGGCUAAGACCUGGCCCCGACAUGUGCACAACGAAGUCAAAGGAUUAUACUGCGGCAUGGAACAGGGGACAACCGGACGGAUCUACAAGCUCUGCUGCAAACCGAAACCAGGGAUCAGAAGGGACGAAUUGAAUGCAUUGCCCCCAGGUGGAAAAUCAGGUCGUGACCUGCUGGAUCUUAAGAUCUGCGGUAGACAAAGCACACAACGCAUCGCACAUGGGAAAAUAGCCGAGGUGUUCCAAUAUCCUUGGAUGGCAUUGCUCGGUGGUAUAAACGGAGACUUUCAUUGUGGAGGAAGUCUAAUUGCGGAAAGUUUCGUCCUUACAGCGGCCCACUGUAAUCAAUUCCGUUCGAGAGUAUUUUUUGUGCGCGUUGGAGAAACGGACUUAUCCACAGAGAUAGACUGCAACCACGCUCAGAGUGAAGAGGACUGUGCUGAAAAGUAUCAGGACAUUUCAGUGGCUCAAUUCAUCAAGCAUAAACUCUACAGCACCAGUCAAAAAAAGAAUGAUAUUGCAUUAGUCAAGCUCUCAAAACCAGCGCAGAUGAAUGAUAACGUAAAGCCCAUCUGCCUUCCGUUACCGGAAAUGUUGCGCAGGAAAAUACCUCCCAAAAUGGUGGUAUCUGGUUGGGGUUUCACCGAAGACCGUAAUGCGACAUCCAAUCAAUUGCGGUUUGCGAACAUACCGAUUGUUGAGCAGAACCAAUGCCAACAAUCUAUCAGACAGAUUCACGAUGUCUACACUGUGGACGAGAGCCAGGUAUGCGCCGGAGGUGGUAGCGAUGGUGCGGACAACUGCGAAGGGGAUUCCGGUGGGCCCCUGCAGUAUUUCGGGAACAAAGCGUACGUGAUUCACGGAGUCGUUUCAUGGGGACUGGCAUCCUGUGGCAAGGAAAGUGCACCCGGUGUGUAUACCAAAGUUUCUCACUACCUGGAUUGGAUUAUUGAAAAUUUGAAAUGAUGUACAUAUCUCGUUAUGCACUCAAAUGGGUGUAGUGUGAUAGAGUUCUUUUGAAAUUUUCGUAAAAUAUAACAACUGCCAUUGUGAUUGUCUCCAUAAUUUUAAGCAAGUUCGUUAAGAAGAAUUAUCCUACUUUGAAAGGUUUGUCUCAAAUAUCUCAUCGAGAUUGAAAAGGAUAGCAUUUAUUACAAACUACAAUAACGGGAUCCAUUGAACUUGACCAUGUGAGAUUUAUAUAAAUAAGCAGUACAUUACAUUAAGUUACAAUUGUAUUAUUCACAAACAAUAUCAGGCAUAACAUUUGAUAACGGCACAAAAGCAUUUGCAAACAAACUUUCUACGGCCCUUCACACGCGAACCAAAGUACGCCCACGCAAACCAAUACCACUUUCGGAAAGGUGAUAGUUGCCCCUAUCCGAUGAUGUUGUUGGUUUGCGUCGGUGUAGUUUGGUUCGCGUGUAAAGGGCCUUAGAAAGUGGGUUAACAAAUGCUUGUGUGCCGUUAUCAAAUGUUAUGCCUGAUAUAUUAAAAAUCUUCAAAUAGGACUGUCACUCAUGAUACUUCAAUAAUUUCGCAUUAAAACGAAGUGCAAUAAAAACCACUGAAUAAUAAAACAAAAUAGCUGACGA